GGGGCGUGGGCCGCGGGAUGCGACGCCCGCUCCGACUGAGCUCCAGCUCCGGUUUUUCCCUCCACCAUGCUCUCCCCCUCCCCGCCUCUCCUUUAACUCCCCCCUCCUGGGCUCGGGACUGGUUUCCUCCCUUAGCCCGCUGCCCUCAAUCCCGGCGAGGCUGGGGCUCUAGCUCGGUGUCCCCCUUCCUCGCUGCCUUGCCCGGCGCCCCAUGCCGCCCCCGCCCGGCCCUCGGCUCCCCGUGUCCCCCACGUAGCCGGGCGCACAAAUCUCGAGGUGCUGCGCGUGGGCCGGGGGAGCGUAGGGCGCCUGCAGACGGCCCCUGCAAGGGUUCUUGUGGGGCUGAGCGCUCUGGAGCCGGGGGACGCAGGCACAGCAGAAAAGAGGGUCCUUGUGGGAGCUGGGGGUGAUUCGCCACCCACCGGGGUGACUGGGGCUUCACAGCGCGGUAGCCACCCCUGGGGGUGAGAGACUUUGGGGGAGUUGGUGCCCCGCCCCCAGGCCUUGGUAGGGUCAUGGGGGCCCCCCAUUUUGGGGCAGGGGGUGUGCAAGUCAGGGCCCUGCUGCUGCUAGGUUUUGUGGGGCUGGUGUCUGGACUGAGCCUGGAGCCUGUCUACUGGAACUCGGCGAAUAAGAGGUUCCAGGCCGAGGGUGGAUACGUGCUUUACCCUCAGAUUGGGGACCGGCUAGAUCUCCUUUGCCCCCGGGCCCGGCCUCCUGGCCCGCACUCCUCUCCCAGUUAUGAGUUCUACAAACUGUACCUAGUAGGGGGUGCCCAGGGUCGGCGUUGUGAGGCACCCCCCGCCCCGAAUCUCCUGCUCACGUGCGACCGGCCGGACCUGGACCUCCGCUUCACCAUCAAGUUCCAGGAAUACAGCCCUAAUCUCUGGGGCCACGAGUUCCGAUCCCACCAUGACUACUACAUAAUCGCCACUUCCGAUGGGACCCGGGAAGGCCUGGAGAGCUUGCAGGGAGGCGUGUGCCUAACCAGAGGCAUGAAGGUGCUUCUGCGAGUGGGACAGAGUCCCCGAGGAGGAGCUGCACCCCGAAAACCUGUGUCUGAAGUGCCCUUGGAGAGAGACCGAGGGGUGCCUCACAGCCUGGAGCCUGGGAAGGACAGCACACCAGGUGACCCCAACAGCAAUGCAACCUCCCGGGGUGCUGAAGGCCCCCUGCCCCCUCCCAGCAUGCCCGCGGUAGCUGGGGCAGCAGGGGGGCUGGCGCUGCUCUUGCUGGGCGUGGCAGGGGCUGGGGGUGCCAUGUGUUGGCGGAGACGGCGGGCCAAGCCUUCGGAGAGUCGCCACCCUGGUCCUGGCUCCUUUGGGAGGGGAGGGUCUCUGGGCCUGGGUGGUGGAGGGGGGAUGGGACCUCGGGAGGCUGAGCCUGGGGAGCUAGGAAUAGCCCUGAGGGGUGGUGGGGCUGCAGAUCCCCCCUUUUGCCCCCACUAUGAAAAGGUGAGUGGCGACUAUGGGCAUCCUGUGUACAUUGUGCAGGAUGGGCCCCCCCAGAGCCCCCCAAACAUCUACUACAAGGUAUGAGGGUCCCUCCCACCUGGCUCUCCUCGAUCCAGCCGUCCAUGGGGUGCUCCUCCACUUUUAUUCAUGGUACGAGGGACACCUGCGCCAUAACCUUGGCCCCCUUUGCCCCACCAGCUCCUUGGUUCCGCCUGGAUAUAGCCCUCAUCUCCAAUUUUAGGAUCCCUUAAGAACGACGACACCUCUUCCUGCCCUCGCCCACCCUCGUUUGGCUGUGGGCACUCCUCUGUCUCUGCCUCUUAGGGAAGGGGGCACAGGCUCAGCCUCCUUUAAUCAUGAAACAGGUGUCCUUGUUUCCCCACACACACAGAGAGCAGGGGUGGGGACAGUCUGUCUUUUGGUUGGCGCCCCUUUCUGUCUCUCACUGUUUUUCUCCUCUAUCUCUUAUUCUCUCUCUCUCCUGUCUCUAGGUCUGUUCUCUUCCUCCUCCCUAGCCUCCUCCUCCUCCUCUUCCUCCUCCUCACAUCUCCUUUUACCCUCCCAGCUUCUUGUCCUUCCUGUGCCUCUCAUGUAUCUCCUGGGUUGCGGCAUCAAAUUAUCUCUCCCAUCCUCGACUCUUGGCCCUUUUCAAUUUUUCAUACCAACUGCUCCCCUCAGUCUGCCAAAUGUGGGGACUUUUGGGGGGGAAGAUUCUGGCACUCUACCCGCCC